AUUAAAAACUCAUCACUCUUCUUUUAGCUCCAUCGAUCUCUCUAUAGGCUUCUUCAUUAUAAAAAAAAUAAAAGAAAAAAACCAAAGAUGUCUUUCGUUGCAAACUUGGUCAUCAAGAGCUUUGACCGUGCUUCCACGGUAUGUGUUGAAGAUGUGGUGGAUAGUUUUCGAGUAGCAUAUGUUGAGAAUGGUGGUGAUGACGAUGACAGUGGCUACGAUUAUGCUCCUGUUGCGUGAUUGUCCGCUACUCCGCUGUUAGUAUAUAAAUGUAAUUUAGGAGGGGAAAGGAGAUAGAAAGAGAUUAUAAGGUGUUUUAGAUAUAUAGCUAGGCCAUGUAUGUUAUGUACUAGAUAGUGUGGUGAGUUUUCUUGUAGAUGUAAGUGUAACAUACCCAUGACGGUAGUAGCAAAAUCAUCUCUUCCUUAACCAUAUUCACCUUUUUGUCUGUUAAGUUUGGAAAUUAGUUUAACGUUUCAUUAUACUAAACGAUAUUUUUAGUUCCCUGAAUUUUA